AUGUACGAUUUGCUGGAACCCUACGGCAAGGUUGUGUCGGUGCGUAUGCAGCACGUGAAGGGCGAGGCCUUCGUGUACUUUGACUCCGUCAACGGCGCCGAUGCCGCCAUCGCCGCCCUGCACGGCCGACGCACCUUGAAGGGCCGGCAUCGACCGCUGCAGCUCUUCUACGCCUCGAGCUCCGCAGAGUGGUCGUGGUUUGGCAUUAUGCACAACACGCGCCUCCACCACUUCAACCCCAAAGUGGAGCUGCCGCCCUUCUUCAAUCGAAAGCCGCCACUGGCGAGCUCGCAGUGGGCUCUGGAGCCCAACACGACGGCCGAGGCAACGGAGCUGGUGCUGCCGUCCACGCUGCAGGUCCUACACACAGAAGCAGGGCCCGGCCGUGAGCAGAAGAGCAGCACAUCCAGCUUGUGCACGACGACGUCGUCGUCUUCGCUGUACUCGCAUGACUCGUCCGCCAACUCCUCUGGACUGCCGAGCAAUGGGAUGCGCAGCACCACAGGUGGCAUUUCUCCGCCGACGUCGCUGAAGGCCUUCAAUGGCUCCACCACCACCCUCGUCGGACUGAAGCGCGCACGUCAGCAAACUCCCCUCAGCAGCGAGGGGGAGACGGCGACGGCGGCCACCAACACCACGGCGCAGAAGCCGUCUCCCACCACCACCGCUACCGCAAACGAGGAGCACGUGCCUCGCGGGCGUAGCCCACUCGAGAGUCCCAGCGACGAUCCACGCAGCCGCACCCACGCCACACGCUCGCACCGCAAAACGAAACUGCGCAUCGAAGACGAGGAGGCCUUUGCCGUACUGGGCGAUGAGAACGGCGAAACGACGCAUCGACUUCUUCCUCUCGCCUCUUCCUCCGAGGCACACCUCGCUGCUGCUGCACCCCGCAACGGUGAGAUCCGCGGCAGCAGUAGCAAGGCUGACCGUCACCACCACAACCCCAGCAACAGCGGUGACGGUGUGAGCAGCAGCAGUCGGCAAUGUGGCACGGAAGACGGUGCACACACCAGCACCACCUCCGCUGCCAACCUACUCGCCAGCUCCGCGUCGUUUCUCAUAUCGGCCGAGACCCCGCUCAUUGAGAUGCCGAGCGUGUUCGAGCAGAGCUCCACGACCGCCACCACGGCCUCCGCCAACCUCUCCACCACCGUCAGCUCUCUCGAAGGUGCGGACGCGGUGGGGACAAAGAACGUUGUGAUCCGCCGACGACGCGCAAAAGGCACCGGGCAUACUUCCCUGACGAGUCUCUCCUCGACGUCUCGCCCAGCAGCAGCAGCAGCAGCAGCUCGGGCAGCUCCCGCGUCUGCCGGUCCGCUGCAGCCCCUCAUCACGCCCUACAACUUCCAACACGCCGCCCGCUCGCCUUUCAGCUCUUCCUUUUCGCAGAAUCUCGCACUUGGUGGGAGCCCCACGUCUACGGCCAGCACGUCACGCAACCCGUCCUUAGCAGCAUCCAUCACCGGAGCUGAGAUCGCAGCAGCCACGGCGCGAGUGUUCGAUGCAACGGCAACGCCUUCCGCGCACCACCCAGCGCGCAUUACUACACCACAUCACCACCACCACCGUCACCAACACCCGAAGCAACAGCACGGUGCGGUGCUGCCUAAUGAAAUGCUUCAUGACACGCUACCUGUCGAGUUCACCCAGAAUACCGGCGGCAUUCUCGGGUCCCCCAGUGCGCCACUGCCGGGUUUGCGCCGCAGCCACCGUUGGACCGAUGUAAAUGCACCAGUGCUGGCUUCUCCCAUUACCACCGCUGCGACCAUCGACGCGCCUGCGGUACGGCGACCAUCACCGCGUCUCCUUUUAUCAGUUCGUACGCUCGAGCAGGAAGGAUACUUCGCACAAUUCUCUCGUCCGACGAGACGCCCGUGA